AUGCCCAGCGCAUCUUCACCCGUCACAUUUCCCGCCAGCCCAUCACCGCCCGCAGCGAAACGCCCAAGGGCCCCGGCGGCUGAUCCGACGAAAUCAAAGCCAAAGGUCAACAGUGGUUUCCUUCUUGACGAUGAUUCCGAUUCCGACGACAACAACGAGCAGCAGCCUCCCCUAAAAAAGCAACUCCUCGAUUUUAGCGCCCGCUUGCAACGUCCAGCGCCCAUAACCUCCCUAUCGGACGACGAUGUCCUCGAGCCGAUAGCCCAAGCACCUGAAAAGACGAAUGACCGUGUUGAGGUUGCGCCUACACGAAAUGUCCCUCCUCCUGCCCGACCUCAAAGCCUUGCAUCAUCAUUACUCCAGGACACUCCAUCGAUCUUUAAAUCUUCGAGGACCUUCAAUCUCACUACCUGUAACGGGACAACUACCACAAUCAAGCAACGAAAGCCGACAGCCAACGCAUCAUACGAAAGCAUCAUUGCGGCGCGGUCCAAGACAAAAGAGGGAAAAGCUAAGCGCGCAUACUACGGCAUAGCUAUCAAUGAGCUCAUCGACAAGGCCAAGAGCGAAGCUUCAGAACCACACCCAAAGAGAAAGGAAAGUGAUGUCCCAGUGCGGUCAGUCGAGCCGACACACACUGGCAAAUCUCAAAAGAAGACCCUCCUGUGGACCGAAAAAUACAGGGCGAAGAACUUUCUGGAUCUUUGCGGUGACGAUGGUACAAAUCGUAUGGUCCUGCGCUGGCUGAAGCGAUGGGACCCAAUCGUAUUCCCCGGUAUUGCGAAGAAGGCUCCAAUCGUACGAAGGCCAGGCGCGAAACAGGUCCAAGAAGAGGAGAAGCCGCACAAGAAGAUUCUUAUGCUGACGGGACCACCGGGUCUCGGCAAGACGACUCUGGCUCACGUCUGUGCGAGACAAGCGGGGUACGAAGUGAUGGAGAUCAACGCCAGCGACGACCGCAGCCGAGACGUCGUCAAGAACCGGAUACGAACGUCCCUAGGAACCGAGAGUGUCAAGACUGUCGAGAACGUCAAGUCCAAAGAUGGAGAGGUACAGCAAAAGGUUGCCAAACCGGCUUGCGUCAUUGUUGAUGAGGUCGACGGUGUCGUGGGUGGAUCCGGCGCUUCAGGGGAGGGUGGUUUCGUUAAGGCUUUGAUUGACCUCGUACUCAUCGAUCAAAAGAAUAGUGCUGGCGGAUCCGAUUCCUCGUACUCCAAGAAAAAGAAAAAGGGGGACGACUUUCGCCUCCUGCGCCCUCUUAUCCUCAUCUGCAACGAUGUCUACCACCCCUCUCUCAGGCCUCUUCGGCAGUCGGGCAUGGCGGAGGUAAUCCACGUCGGCAAGCCGGGCAUUGAUGCAGUCGUCACACGCCUCAAGACCGUAUUCGACAAGGAGGGUAUACCCUGUGAGAAGGAUGCGGCGCGCAAGGUUUGUGAAGCCGCCUGGGGCAUGACGAGUGGCAUCGAUGCCAAGCGCGGCGCAGAGAGCGGAGCUGAAGGCGAUCUUCGAGGAGUUAUGGUCGUCGGCGAAUGGGUAGCCGGGCGCUUCAAAGCUGCCGCCGGCUUCAACGAGCGCUUGACAAGGCAAUGGCUAGACCAAAAUGUGAUGCACGACCUUACAGAAGGCGCUGGAGGAGCUAGAGGGCUCGGGAGAGGGAGUGCAAAGGACAUCGUGUCGCGCGUCUUUCAAGAAGGCGGUGGCUUCCCGAAACAAGCCCUGGACACAUCACAAAACUUCAAGAACCAGCACGAGCAACCCAAGGCUCAGUUGGGCUUUGCGGAGUAUCACAAGAAGAACGCAAUGGAGCGGUUGCGACACAUGAUUGACACCAGCGGAGAGGUCGAGCGCGUCAUGACAGACGUCUUCCUGGAGUACCCAAACCGAGAAUUUAACGACGACUCGUUCCUCUCAAAGCCGAAUGCGGCGUACGACUGGAUGAACUUUCUCGACACCUGCUCGUCACGCACAUUUGGAAGUCAGGAGUGGGAAUUGGCGCCGUACCUGAGCCAACCGAUCUUGGCCUGCCACAGCUUGUUCGCCUCGUCCAAGCGACAUCAAGUCAACAAAGGCUACGACAAAAAAUGGGGCGCCACAGAGGAGGACAGCGAGCCUCCUGUGCCGUUCUCGGGCCCCCGAGCUGAUUAUGCCGCUUUUGAAGCGCAGAAGCAGAACAGGGCCAUGCUCCAGGCCAUCCAGGCGCAGCUUACGCCCACGCUGGGGCGGUCCUUCCGGAGCGCUGAAGACAUCUCGACCGAGUUCAUGCCGUACUUGGUCCGGAUGGUGUCGCCGGACGUCAAGCCGGUAGUCAUUGGCGGCAGCGGCAUCAGCACGGCUAGCGUGCGGAAAGAGACGGAGAAGAUCAUGGUCAAGCGGGCGGCGGAGAUUAUGGCGGAGGUCGGGAUCGAGAUGCAGAAGGGCAAGAUCGAGACGGAUUCUGAUCUCGAUGCCCUCGCGGUGUACGAGACGGCAGGGAACCUGGUACUCUCCAGCCAAGCACCGACCCGAUACGCCGUCCGCCAGGUGCUAGACCAGGAACUACAAAAGACCAUUAUCUUACGCGAAGCCGCGGCCCGCCAGGCGCGCUUCAAGGUUGGUGGACCACUGGGAGGGGCAGAGGAUACACCUUCGCAGCAGCAACAACGGGCGGAUAAGGAGAACAUGAUCAAGGAGCAGGAGAGGAUCCUCGCGUCGAGCGUGAAGAAGGACUUUUUCGGGCGUGUGAUUCCUGCAAGGCCGCUGGGCGAGAUGGAUGGCAACGCCAAGAGGAAGAAGACGCACGAUCACCACGAGGGCGGGAAGAGUGAUAACAAGGUCUGGGUUACGUACCAUGAAGGAUUGAACAAUGCUGUCAGGAAGCCGAUUUCGUUGCUGGAGUUUAUGAAGGGGUUGUAA